AUGACAAACGUAACCAAACUCACCGGUUCCAACUUUCUGAUGUGGAGCAGACAGGUUCAUGCUCUGCUUGAUGGUUACGACUUGGCCGGCUACAUUGUAGGCUCCAUCGCCGUGCCCUCCGCAACGAUUACAUCUGAUGACGAUAUCACAACCAACCCGGCUUACACUCUCUGGAAAAGACAGGAUCGCCUGAUUUACAGUUCCUUACUCGGUGCAAUCACACCCACGAUUCAACCCAUCAUGUCCACUGCGUCAACUGCAUCAGAGAUCUGGCAAACCCUCACCAUGACUUAUGCGAAACCAAGUAGAGCUCAUGUCAAGCAGAUUCGUCAACAGAUUCAAAACUGGAAGAAAGGCAGUAAGUCUAUCAAUGAGUACUUUCAAGGACUUACAACACGAUUUGAUGAACUUGCCUUGCUUGGAAAGGCACUUGAUCAUGAGGAUCAAAUUGAGUUUGUACUGGAUGGUCUUCCUGAAGAAUACAAGACCAUUGCUGACCAGAUUGAUGGCCGUGAAACUCCUCCUUCGUUGCCUGAGAUUCAUGAAAAACUUCUUAAUCAAGAAGCAAAACUUCAGACCAUCACUACUCCAGUGACACCAGCCCCUGUUACAGCCAACUUCACUAAUCACAGAGGCUCUUUCAAUCAAAACCGUGGCAACCACAACAACAACAACUCGCGCCGUGGAGGCUACCGGGAACCAAACCUGGCAACAACAACAAUUGGUCUCCUCACUACAGCAGAACAGCUCACGUGGUUAUCAUGGGAAGUGUCAAAUUUGCAGUGUCUUCGGACACAGUACACCGGUGUCCUCAACUUCCUGGUGGUGGCUCCUCCAACUACACUCAAAUGCCUUCGCAGAACAAUCCCUCCUGGCAGCCUUGAGCAAACGCAGCACAAGCCACACUUUACAAUCCAAACGCCUGGCUCUUGGACAGUGCCGUAUACUGGUGGUGAUGAAGUCGUCAUUGCAGACAGUCCAGGUUUGAAAAUCACACAUAUUGGUUCUGCUUCUCUUCCUGCAGCUUCCAUAUCACUUAAGCUUAAAGAUAUUCUAUGUGUUCCAAGUGUGAAGGAUCUCAGCACGAGGGUCCGGUUGCUUCAAGGUCGCACAAAGAAUGAUUUGUACACUUGGUUAUUCCCUCUCACUAAAAAGUCAGACGUCAAAGCCAUUUUCGAAACCUUCAAACCCAUUGCAGAAACAAAGUUCAACACAAAAAUCUGCAAUCUUUACUCUGAUAAUGGCGGAGAGUUCAUUGCUCUGCACCAGUUUCUUGCAACCCACGGUAUCUCUCACCUAACCACACCACCUCACACCCCACAACACCAUGGCCUCUCCGAGCGUAAACACCGCCACGUUGUUGAAACUGGUCUCUCUCUUCUCUCAGCCGCUCAUAUGCCUCUCACAUACUGGCCUUUUGCCUUUGCCACAUAUAGUGCUUAUCAGUGCCUUGAACCCCUUUCUGGUCGUAUAUACAUCUCUCGUCAUGUACGAUUCAAUGAAUCAGAGAAACCAUUCCCUACCCUGACUAAGCCAAGUACCAGUAGCAAUUCUGAUCAUCAUGUCCCCUCUGAUUCCCCACCUAUAACUGUUCUACCCUUCACACUGCCACUCGUACAAUCUCCUCCAGCGACUGUGAACACCGAACCCACGAGCUGCGAUUCAACACCCGUAGUGCCUUCGCCAACUGCAGUUGCAACACCAACACCAGCGACAUCUUCUCAGUCUGAAACUGCACAUGUCACUGCACUGCCUCCCUCUCUAGAACCACUUCCAGAGCCGACUGCCGCUCAGCCACAAUCAAUUGAACCUCGACAUUCUAUGACUACAUGCUUAAAGAACAACAUCAUCAAACCAGUUGUUCGAUACAACCUUACUGCCAAUCUCCAAGCUGGUCCACACUGGAUUCCUUCGACGUGGCAGCAGGCUAUGAAACACAAGCACUGGCGUGAUGCAAUGUCAAGAGAAUUUAACUCAAACUACAGAGAACUUGACUUGGGAUUUGGUUGCUGCGUCUGA